AUGCGUUACGCUUUUGUUUCUUUGGCGGUUUUUGCCGUCGGCGCUGUCGCCGCGCCCUCUUUUCCUCGCGAGGAGUCACAAAACAACCCCUUUGGUUCAUACCCUUUCAAUCCUAUGGGAGGUUCAAGCGUUGAAGAUGAUGAUGAUGAGAUGGAGAAUCCUGGAACUCUUGCAUUGGAAGCAAUGUAUGCUGCCGAGGGUGCUUCCUAUACGCCUCCUCAACAGGCGCCCCAGGUUCAGCAAGCACCCCAAGUUCAGCAAAGUCCUGCCGUAAUGGAAAACAUUCCUAGCCCACAGCCUGAUCCAGUCCAGGCGCCGCAGGUUUCCCAGGCUCCUCAGGUUCCUCAGCAUAUCCACGUGCCUAUCAGCCAGCCUCAGCCGGUCGAGGAACCCAAACCUGCAGUGAAGCCUAAGAUCGCUCCGGUUGCCCCGGUUGCUCCUAUUCCCCCGAUCCCCGAGGCCGUGGAGCAACCCAAGCCUUCUCAGAAGCCUGAGCCAGUUGUCAAGCCUCAGCCGGUUGUUAAGCCCAAGCCAGUCGAGAUGUCCCAGCCGGCUGUCCUUCCUAAGCCAGUUGAGAUGCCCGAGCCGGUUGUGCUUCCUAAGCCGGUCGAGAGCUCCAAGUCUGUCGAGAUGCCCAGGCCCAGCAAGCAGCCUGUUAUUGAGCAGCCUGAUAUCGCACCUGUCCCUGAGUUCGACCCUAUGCCUUCUGAAAUUGCAUUCGCUCCUGAGUCCAAAGCUGCCACACCUACAUCAAACACUGCGUCUGCGCCGACUAGUGAGUCGGACGAUGAUCAGUCUGAGACUCUGCCUCUGAACGACCUUAUGCCUGAAAUCCCCAAGCCUAUCGCUCCUUCGCCAGUUUCGCAAGCUCUGCCUUUCCACCCUAGUCACAGCCGUCCUGCAUCGCCUACCUCUACGCCUCAGACUCCUACUACUUUCAGCUCUGUGGCAGUGUCAACUCCUCUUAUUCGCCCCACUAAUUCCUUUAUGCAUCGACCAAGCGCGCUUGCCUCCAUGUCUAUGUCUCGUCCUAGUCGCCACAAUGCCAUUGCCUCUAGCUCUGCCACUCCUUCAAGCUCCGCCGCUCCGAGCACCUCAGACGCCCCGGCUAGCCCUCUUGGACCUCUUGACGACAUCCUGGACAAGCUCCCCCUUCUUGGCUCGCUGGGUCUCCGUCGUUGA